AUGGCAAUUCCUGCUCCUACUCCAUUGCCUGCUCCUACUUCAGUGUCAAAAGGAGUUCAAUUUCAAUUUGGUGAGGAUGCUGGUGAUACGAUGGCUGAGUUGACCAAUGACGACUGUUCUGAUCCUGUCAAACUGGAUAGUGGACCAGUACCUGUAUUUGAUGGACAUGUGUCCAGAUUGCACGUUUGUUCAAAUGGAAUUAUUUCAGGCAACAAGCCAUUUAAAUUAUCUACUCCUCAGUUCUUUCCUGGAGACAAAGCAGUACGAGAGAGGGUUUUGUUUGCUCCAUUUUGGGCUAAUAUUGAUCUUCAACAAGAGGGAAAGAUUUGGUAUCGAGUUCAUUUGAGACCAGACAACACCACUCGGAAAGCUGAUUCAAUAGUUCACAAUAUAACUGGGCAACACAAUGAGUUCAAAUCAGCUGUAGUUGCAAUUGUAACAUGGGAAGAUGUACAAAAUUUUCCAGCCGAUAAUGGAAAUUACAGUGAUGAGUUUUCAGACCUUGAAAAUACAUUUCAGGCUGUAAUUGUUUCUGAUGGAACAAACACAUUCAUCUUGUACAUCUAUAUUGACAUAGAAUGGUCAGGUCGGUGGGGUUUUGGCGCAGUAGUAGGUUACAAUGCUGGAGAUGGCAAGAACUACUUGAAUUACCCAGGAUCUAAAACAGAAGCUAUUUCUAAUAUUGAUGAUUUGGAAAGCGGGAACUUCACUGGAAUUGUACUCUUUCAUUUGACUCCUUUUGCAAAUACGAGUAACAGAGCUGCAUUUGAGUGUCACCAGUGGCAUUUUCUUGAUCGGCUUCGUUUUGGAGAUAAACCAUCUUGGACACAAUUUCUUUCUCCUGUUCCCUCUUCUAUUUCACAGGCAUCUAGCGAUACACGUUACCUGAAAAUAGAUUCCUUGUUUGGUGCUUCUUGCUUCAUUUCACUUCAUGUACAUUCUGUUGUCAUUGAUGGUGACGAAUUGUUUCCAACUACAUUGAGUUGUUAUGGUGACAGGGGAGAGUUAGAUAUUACAGCUAGCAGCUCUAGUCCACAUCGUCCUUUAAUCUCACAGCAAAGAAUUGACCAUGAGCUACAUGGAAACCCUAUCAGCUUAUGUUGUGUUCAUUCUAAACAUUGCCACCUAUAUCAUGAACGUAGACCUGGCAUGUCAUCUGAUGGGUAUAUGCCUCCUCUACUUCAGAGUUGGUCUUUUGGUGACCCUCACAUACGCACAUUUGAUGGAAAUUUUUAUACAUUCAAUGGCCAUGGAGAAUACAUUCUUUUUAAGACAAGGAAUAAUUCCUUUGUUCUUGAAGCUCGUGCUGAACCACUUUCAGGUGCUAAUGCUACUGUGUAUACAGCCUUCUCAAUGGCUGAAUUUCCACCUGGCAGUAAUUUCACAGAAGGAUAUCAAAAUACUACAAUUGUUCAUGUGCAACUGACAGACAGCAAUUUGCUGGAAGUAUGGACUUUUGGGGGAAACAAUACAAAUUGGACUGAUGUGACCUUGUCAGCUGGUAAUUUAUUAUUUCUACAAGGAGUUGUUCUUUCACAACCAAACGAUAAGACAUUGGUGGCUGUGUUUAGUCAACAGAUAGCAAUUCAAGUGGAAGCAAAAACAGCAUUGCUAGGUGUCGUUGUUUCUUCAGAUGAUGACUCUAUGGGAGGCACAAGUGGAUUACUAGGAUUGUUGGACAGCAAUCCAGAGAAUGACUUCAUAACUCGGAAUGGAACUAUAUUACAACCUGAUAGUACCAGCAGAAGUAUACAUUUUGACUUUGGACAAUCUUGGCAAAUUACGGUUGAGGAAUCGUUGUUCUACUAUCCUGAUGGACUUGGACCAGAUGACUUUCUUUAUUCUGAUUAUGAACCUUCGUUUCAUGAUGAAGUGAAUUUGACUAGUCUUGCAAGUCCUGCAGUGAUUAGUGCAUGUAGAGGAGAUGCCCAAUGCUUGUUUGAUGGUGUGGUGACUGGUGACAUUGAAAUAGCCACACAGACAUUACAAACACAAGAGGAGAAUGAAGCUGAUUUGGCAUAUUUGAGAAAUAGUGCUCCAACAAUUAAAGGCAAUGACACAUUGUUUGCAAUUGUCAAUAAGACGUCUUUCUAUCACUUUUCAGUAUCGGAUGUGAAUGACACAUUCAAUGUCACUAUUUAUAGGAGUCAUGGGAGGUACCCACCUGAUGAAUUCAUACUUGAGAAGGAGUCAAACGGCUACUAUAACUUUACAUGGACACCAAAAUCAACUAAACCUGUAACAAUUAAAUUUUUAGCAACUGAUUCUCAUGGUGCUUCAUCAGUGUUACAACCAUUGGUACAACUGUGUGGUUGUAAGUUGGAUCUUGGAGCAAAGUGUAUUGAGAGUGAUAACGACAUAGCUGAACAUAAUUUUGUACUGCUGGAUUGCAGCUGUGACUUAGCUUAUACUGGUCAAGACUGCAGUGAGGAUUUUGAUGGCUGCAGUGAAAAAAAUUGCUUUCCUGGUGUGACUUGCACUGAUAAUCGAGCUCCUCUUCGUGGAGCAACUUGUGGACCUUGUCCUCAAGGCACCGAAUCUUUCAAGGAAACCUGCAUUGAUGUGAAUGAAUGCAGCAGCAACAGCGAUAACUCUUGUGAACAGAUCUGUGUGAAUACUUUAGGUAGCUACAGUUGUGAAUGCAAUUCAGGGUUCACUCUUAAUGGAGAUGGACAGUCUUGUACAGAUGUCAACGAAUGCAACAUUGGUUUUCCUUGUCAUCAAAUUUGCAAUAACACAAAUGGUUCAUUCAACUGUAGUUGUUACUUUGGAUUUGAGCUAGAUGUCGAUGGAACUACUUGUACUUCAACAUCCAACUGUACAAUCAAUGGAAUACAAACAUGUGAACAUCUAUGUACCAUUGGCAGAUCUGGAUCAGAUGAGUGCUUUUGUAAUCGAGGAUAUGCACUUGAUGAAAACAACAGAAAUUGCACUGAUAUUAAUGAGUGUCUCUUGGGCAUCUGUGAUGGCUCAUGUCUAAACACAGAAGGUUCAUUUGCUUGUAGUUGUCCUUUAGGAUAUCAUCUCGAGGCUGAUCGAAUUUCAUGUGAAGAUGUAAAUGAAUGCGCAUCGCUGAUUAGUCCUUGUCAACAGCCUGGCCAGAUCUGUAACAACACGAUUGGUUCGUUUGUUUGCAUUUGUCCACGUCAUACUUCGUUUGUUAAAGGCAGUUGUGCAGUAUUGCCUCCAACUUUACCCCCUCCUGCAGUGGACGGGAAAGAGAGAGGGCUUGUGGUCGCCAUUGUUGCUAACAUGACUGUAGCAGAAUUUCAGUCCAUUGAAUUACGUUUCAAAUCAUUAGUUGCUCUUGCUGUUUCCAGCCAUUGCUCUAAUACCACAGAUGAUGAUUGCGAACAGAGGGUUCGCAGAGGGUUUGCUAUUGAUGAUGACAAUGUUAUAAUUGAAGCGGUAGUUCAGGACAGUCAAGAUGUGAAUGUCUCAUUCUAUGUUAUUGGCCAAGGUGGCCAGUAUGUAGUCCCGGCUGAAGAGGUGGUGACGAGUCUGAGAUCUAAUGCUGCACAGACUUUCUUACGAGCUCUAGGCAUAACUGUGUUAUACCUUGCACCUGUUCAUCCUGUGCCAACAGAUAAACCAGUUCUUCCAACUCAAGAUACUGGUUUGUCAACUGCAGAAUUGGUAGGCAUUAUUUGUGGAAGUGUUGGUGGAGUUAUUCUAAUUAUUCUAAUCAUCGGCGUGAUAUACUUCCUUGGCCAAUCAAAACAGAAUUCGAAAGUAAAUCCGAUGACCUCAAAUAAAGAAGCUGAAAAUGUACCUUUACGUCCAGUGAAGAAGAAAUUAUCAAGUACGGGUACUUUGGAGAGUGUGAACUCUCGCUCACGUCAGCAUCUUGAUUAGAAUUUAGACAAAUUAACAUCAAGAAUGUUACUAAAGUCUAAAGAGUAGAGAAUUGUAGUUGCAUGCUGUAUGGUUUAGCUAGCCAGUUAUAGUCAGUUAUUACAUGUUCAAACAUCACAGUAAUUGAAGCUUGCACAAUAUGUGAUUUGGUUCAAUCUGACAGCAGUACAAAAGUUCUUCUGACAUUACAGAUUUACUGUCAACUAAAGUUGUAUGUCAAUCAACUAUAAU